GCUUGGAGCCCUGGCAGUGGCUGGCUGACGUCACCGGCCUCUCUGGCAAUAGGCUGGGCGCUGAGCUCCCUGAAGCCGCGGCGGCGAAGGCGGCGUCUGGAGCGCGGCUGGCUCGGUCUCCGGCCCCUUCACUCCGCGCCUUCCGCAGCUGCCACUGCAGCCACGCGUCCGUGCGGCUCCCUCCCUGCAGCCGGCCCGCGGCUCCAGCCGGGUGCCUCUGCGAGGGAGAAAGACCCUUCCAGAAGGGACCGGAGGAGAGGAUCUCCCCGGCCGGCGCCGGUAGCCCUGUGGCCGGCCGCACCUGCCGGCAGUGGCUCCCCCCGUCCUUGGCUUGGGCGCACAACUCGCUCCCACGCCAGGGAGUAGUUUUGGGUGGCGUGGGCUCUGUCCUCUUUCUUGCCUAGUGGGAACCGUGUGCCCAAGAGAGGAAGCUCGGUGGGCCCGGCCACUCCCAGCCCAGUGCCAAUGAGUGCCAGGGCGCCCAAAGAGCUGAGGCUGGCGCUGCCGCCUUGUCUCUUCAACCGGACCUUUGCCUCCCCCAACGCCAGCAGCCACGCCGGGGGCCGCGGGCCGGGCGCGGGGGGCGGCGGCACCUGCAUCACCCAGGUGGGACAGCAGCUCUUCCAGUCCUUCUCCUCCACGCUGGUGCUGAUCGUCCUGGUCACGCUCAUCUUCUGCCUCAUCGUGCUGUCCCUCUCCACCUUCCACAUCCACAAGCGUAGGAUGAAGAAGCGGAAGAUGCAGAGGGCUCAGGAGGAAUACGAGCGAGAUCACUGCAGUGGCAGCCGUGGAAGUGGAAGUGGCCGGCUGCCCCGGGCAGGGGCAGGGGCAGGGGGGCAGACCCCGAUCCAAGGAAAAGAAAACCGGCUGGAGAGGCAGCCCCGAGACUCUGCCUUCGGCGGCGCGCCCUCGAAAGCCACCUCGUCGUCCCCUGGCCUCCCAUGCCAGCGUCCCUGUGCUCCGCCACCUCCUCAACCAACCCCCAGUCCACAAGGAGCGCACGCAGCUUCUUCCUGUUUGGACACAGCUGGCGAGGGCCUUUUACAAACGGUGGUACUGUCCUGAUUGCCCCGCCCCUCUCUUCACCCCUUCCUUCCUUCCAGCAUCUUCACCAUCCUUGUCCCCCCAUUACCUCCCUUCCUUCCCCUUCCU